UAAUUAAUUUUAAAAUACUGUAAUUUCUCAGCUUUGAAAUAAAACUUUAUUCAUAAUUUGUUCAGUGUAAAAAUUUAUUCGUGCUUUUAGUGAACUUGGCUAUUGAAAAGUUAAAAGUGUUAUAAAACCCCUUAUUAAUGAAUUAAAAAUCAAAAUUCAAGUUACAUAAUCUUGUGAAACCGACCGUUAACUAACAAGUGGCUCUACAAUACUAAAAUGAUUGAAAUAAAUCGAAUUUUAGUGUUAUAUGGUAGUCAAACAUUUACAGCCCAAGAAAUAGCUGAAAGAAUAUGGCGAAAGACAAAAGCUCUCGGGUUCAAAGGUCCUGUUCUGGCUAUGGACGAUUACUCUAUACCCCAAUUGAUUCAUGAGAAGUUUGCUAUAUUUGUAAGCGCAACAACAGGGCAAGGAGAUGAGCCUGACAAUAUGAAGAAGUUCUGGAAGUUUCUAUUAAGAAAAAACUUACCUUCGAACUCAUUGAGGAAUCUUAAAUUCGGUGUGAUUGGACUAGGUGACUCGUCAUAUGAGAAAUUUAAUUUUGUUGGGAAAAAACUCAACAAGAGAUUAAUACAAUUGGGUGCAACACCACUCUUAGAUGUUGGUCUGUGUGAUUAUCAACAUGAUUUAGGCCAUGAUGCUGUUUUAGAGCCAUGGCUGGAUAAUUUUUUUAUUGAACUCAAAGAAUAUUUACCUGAUAUAAAGACAAGUAAUUUAAAUGACAAUUUUAUUCCUAAAUGGAAAGUAUCAUUAAUAAAGAACAAAGAGAGUACUUUUAAUAGUAUUGAUUAUGAAGAUAUUUAUUUUGCAAAAGGACAAAGAAAUGAUUAUUUGGAACCAAAGUUUUUAACAGUAGAGAGAAAUGUAAGGACUACCCAUGAGACACAUUUUCAGGAUGUGAGACUGAUCACAUUCAGAUCAAAUAGUGAUGAAAAAUUAGAAUUUAAACCUGGUGAUAUAUUCAAUAUACGACCAAGAAACUCUAAAGAAGAUAUUGAUGAUUUGUUCGGCAUAUUUCAAAGUCAUUGUAUAGAUAUAAAACCUCAUUAUAAACUUUUAGUUGAAGAAUAUCAUGAUGACAUGUCUGUACCAGACUUUUUACAAGAACCCCUAACUUUGUAUGAAAUAGCAGAACAGUAUUGGGAUUUAAGAGCGUAUCCCACUCAAUAUGUCUUCUCUCUUCUGGCGCUAGUGUCGCAAGAUCAGUUAGAAAGAGACAAAUGUAAAGAGCUCAGUUCCGCUGCAGGACAAGAGGAGUGGUUGAAUUAUUGUAGGCGACCUCGUAGAACUAUUUUAGAGGUUCUACAUGAUUUCCAUAAAUCGACUUCUAAGUUAACCAUAGACAUUUUAUUCGAAUUAUUCUCAACCAUAAAGCCGCGUUCUUUUUCUAUCGCAAGUAGCGCGUUAUUAAAUGGAGGUUAUUUUGAUAUUCUUGUCGCUGUUGUUAAAUAUAAUACAAAAUUAAAGAAACCAAGACUCGGUUUGACAUCAAAUUGGCUCAAAGAUUUGAAAAUCGGCGAUAAUGUCUAUGGUUGGAUUAAAAACGGCACUUUCAAGUUUCCUGAUGAGAAUGUUCCGCAAAUACUUAUAGGACCUGGUACAGGGUUAGCGCCAUUUAGAAGUCUGUUACAAGAGAGAGUUGCGCAAAAUAUCGCUAGAAAAGAAAUAUAUCAUUUAUUCUUCGGCUGUCGAUACAAAGAUAAGGAUUUUCAUUGUAAAGAAGAAUUAGAGAAAAUGGUAGAAGAAGGGAAAAUAAGUUUAUAUUGUGCGUUCUCUAGAGAUCAGGAUAAUAAAAUUUACGUGCAACAUAAAAUAUCCGAACACGGAGAUAAUCUAUGGAAGCUAAUAAAAUAUGGCGGCUGUAUUUUUAUAUCCGGCAACUCAAAGAAUAUGCCGGAUAACGUCAGAGAUGCUUUUAAAGAUGUUUUCAGUGAAAUUGGACAUUUAAGUGAAGAAGAAUCGAAAGAAAUGUUGCAAAUGUUAGAAAAAACUGGCAGAUUACAAGUUGAGACUUGGUGAUGUUAAUUUGUGUUAAGAAAUUGUGAUAACAAAAUAAAAAUUAUUUAUUAAGUUAGCUAAAUGUAUCUAGGAUUUAAAAUGAGUUUCUUUUUCUAACUUG